AUGCCAUUGAAAGUCAUUGUCGUUGGAGCCGGCUUGGCUGGCCUUGGUGCCGCAAUUGCCCUUAACCGUGCUGGUCACAAUGUCCAGGUCAUCGAGCAGUCCAGAUUUCUGAACGAAGUGGGUGCGGCUAUCCAUGUAGCGCCUAACGCCACCCGCAUUCUUCGGGCCUGGGGAUGUGACAUGGGAAGCAUGCAGUCGGUUCAAUGCAAUGGUCUGCAGGUGUGGGACUCCCAAGGCAAUCUGCGCUGGACCCCGAUUGUGACCAAGGAGUUGCAACAGAAGCUUGAUAUCACGGACGAUUGGGUUCUAACCCACCGUGUGGACCUGCACAAUACUUUGCGCACAGCUGCUGCUCAAACUGUUGACGGUCGUGCUGUAGAUAUCAAGCUGGGCUCUCGUGUAGCGUCUGUGGAUGCUGAAGCCGGCGUGGUGGUUCUCGAGAAUGGCACCACACUCACGGGUGAUCUCAUCAUUGGCGCCGAUGGUAUUCACUCCCGGUCCGUUCGAGAGGUCAUCGGCGAAGAAUCUAGCAAAGAAAGCACGGGGCAGAAUUGCUUCCGCUUCCUCGUUCCCGUGAGCAAGAUGCAGAAGGACCCCGAGACUGCCUCCUUGCUGGGAAGGAUGGGUUUAGAUGGCGUGCACGCCUUUACGGCCGAGGACCGUCGUCUCGUCAUCUACCCCUGCCGUCACGGAGACUUACUCAACGUUGUGGCGAUUCACCCUUCCGAACCCACCGGCGCCGUCAAGGAAUCAUCCUGGCUCGACUCUGCAAGCCUUGAUCACCUCCUCGAGGUUUACCAGUCCUUCGGGCCCGAGCUGCGUCGAAUGUGCUCUAUGGCAGAGGAUGUUAAACUGUGGAGCCUUGCUUCCCGCAAGCCUGCUAGGACCUUCGUCAAGGGCAAAUUGGCCCUCGUUGGAGAUGCUGCCCACCCAACACUACCGCACCAAGGGCAAGGAGGCGCCCAGGCGUUUGAGGACGGCGCUGCCUUGGGAGCCGUCUUCCCCGGAGAGGUUUCCCCAGAGCAGGUGGCAGACCGGUUGAACGCUUAUAAUACGGUUCGCUACAAGCGGGCCCUCACCGUGAUGUUCAUGUCCAAGACUCAUGAUGAACGCCGCAGCGAGAUGUUGGAGGAGCUCCGGGCCUACGUGCCGGAUGCAGAACUGCCCGACAGCAUGUUUUCCUACACCUGGGCAUCUUACCCUGCCCGCGAGGCACUGGUUCUUCUCGGGGCGGAGUGA